AUGUCAAGAAGACAAGCAAGUUCCACAAGACGCAGUGGUGGAACCUUUUCCUUUUCAGGAGUAUUCAAUUCCAAAUCCAAAUCUUCUCCUUUACUCAUAAUCCCUGUCCUUUUGGGAGCUUUCUUUCUCGUUUAUGCUUUUGGUGGAUCAGGUCUGUUUAGAGGAAGGAAGAAUGUCGUUAUCAGGGCUGAAGGUGAUUUUUCAUGCACAUUUGAAGUUCAAAGUGCAUUUCCAAUUUUGAAGAAUGUAUACGGCGAUAACAUGAAAAAUGUCUUGCAUGUUGGCCCAGAGAGUUGUUCAGUGGUAUCAAAAUUGUUAAGAGAAGGGGAAGUUGAAGCAUGGGGUGUGGAGCCAUAUGACAUCGAAGACGCCGAUAGAAACUGCAGGGCUCUAGUCCAUAGAGGCGUCGUGCGUGUUGCGGAUAUAAAAUACCCUCUACCUUACAGGCCAAAGUCUUUCUCACAUGUCAUAGUAUCAGAUGCUUUGGAUUAUAUUUCUCCGAAAUAUCUAAACAAAACUCUUCCUGAGCUAGUAAGAGUAUCUGGUGAUGGUGUUAUUAUCUUAGCAGGUUCCCCUGGACAACAGAGAGAAGCAGCACAAUUAUCCAAAUUCGGACGCCCGGCGAAAAUGCGCAGUUCGUCUUGGUGGAAAGAGUUUUUCAGUGAAACAAACUUAGAAGAAAAUGUAGCUGCUGUCAAGAAGUUUGAACAAGCUGCAUCUGAGAUGUCUUAUAAUCCAACCUGUCAAAUUUUCCACAUCAAACCAUACAACUGA